AUGUCGGAAGGCCAACUCGUGGAUAAGUUCAGAGAGCUCACUGGCGCUCCAGAAACUGUUGCCAGACACUUUCUGUCCCAGAACAACAACGAUCUAGAGGUGAAAUCAGAGCCUAAACGGGACCAUGGGCCGCAAAUCAAGUCAUUUUCGGAUAUAAAGACUCAAGACGACGACGACGAGGAUACCAAUUUGUUCACAGGGGGAGAGAAGUCGGGUCUGGAAGUGGAAAACCCUGAUAAGAACCCAUUGGGUCUUGUGGAGCAAUUGAUCAAGAAGGCCGAGCGAGAGGGAAGCGAGCCAGACCGCAGGCGCCCAAUUGAGUCCAAGAAGAGCAAAUUCACGGGAACAGGAUACAAACUAGGAUCAGUGGACAAGGCCGUGGAGUCACAGGUUAUCGAGGAUGCCAAACAGAAAGGCUUCAAAGUGCCUGAAAAGGUCACCAGAACCAUCACUUUCUGGAAGGAAGGGUUCCAGGUGGGCGACGGCCAGCUUUACAGAUAUGAUGACCCCGAGAACGCUGAUUAUUUAAGACAAUUGAACUCUGGACGCGCGCCGUUGAGUCUUUUGAAUGUGGAAAUGUUCCAGGAUGUUGACGUCACCGUGAUCAAGAAGAUGGACGAGUCGUACACCCCGCCGAAGCCGAAACAAGGUGGGUUUACUGGCCGCGGCCAGCGUCUGGGUUCUCCUGUUCCUGGCGAGCGGAUACCGGAACCAGUCAUUGCCGAAACAGCCCAGAAGAAGGAACAGCCUCCCGCAGAGGAUUUAGGAUCGGGAGAUGCCAAGGUUCAGAUCAGAAUGGCGGACGGAACACGUUUGAUCCACAUGUUCAACUCUAACGACAGUGUCAGCGCUGUUUUUGACUUUGUGAGCUCCCACACCGACUCCUCCCGUGAUUGGAAUCUUGCCUUUGCCUUCCCAAUGAAGGUCAUUGAACGGGACUCGAAAACCAUCAGGGAAGCUGGACUGAUCAACUCUGUUGUGGUGCAAAGAUGGAAGCAGUCGUGA